UACUAUUGUACUAUGGUGUUGCAUACAUGCAAGACCGGUUACCAGGUACACAGAAGUGCAUAAAACACCCAACAGUCCGCGACCAAUCGCAGCGACAAACGCACGCGCAUUUUAUCACAGACUUUCGCGCCCAACAACUUUCGCAUUUCGAACACAUAUAACAUGUUCAAUAAACACAUUAACCUUGUUAACCUCGCGCAGUCAGGUGAAACAUACUGACCAGAAAAUGUGAGUGACGAAACGUGGAAUAAAAAGUAAACAAAUAAUAUUGUGAUAAAAUAAGUUGUUUUUAAAUGUCGCCUAAUAUGAUAGCAGUGAUAUCAAGAAUUUAAAUCGGUUUAUAAUGUUACGACAUCAUCGUUCAAUUUUGUGUUUCAAUAGCCGAAAAACAUUAAGACGAGACAGGAAGGUCCUGUUGAAAUGAAAAGGAUAAAUAAAAAAAAUAUCCGCAUAACGCAUUGGGACAUUUUUGUGCAUAGAUUGAAGUUAUUAGAAGCCAUUAAAAGUGAAAAUUAACGCAUGUGACACAUACUGAGCUGUCCCCUGAGGACCUAAACUAAAAACUAUAUUUUGUAAAUUUGAAAUUAAAAGCCAUUAAAUGUGAAAAAAAACGCCUGUUACGCACUGAGGUCAUACCAUACGUGUCCACUAAUUACGUAAACUUAAAAUUAUAAUAAAACGUUUUUAUUAAUUAGUGUUUCGUCGUUAAAACUAAAUGAGCAUCACUGCCACUGAGGAUAUCCCAAUAAGUGUCCCGUAACCAAUUUUCUUGAGAAUGUUAAUACAUGUAAAUUUCGUGACGCAUCGGUUAACACUAAUGUCAUGUAAACAUAUUUAAUAAAUAAUAAAUAAAUAAAUAUAUAAUAAAAGCAUGUUAAGCACGAAGUGGCUAGUGCUGUGGUCGCUGUGGGCGGCGCGGCUGGCGCGGCAGCCGUCGGCGCCGCUGCGCGUGGGCAGCGGGCUGCUGCGCGGGAGCAUCGCGCAUGAUGGCUCACAUAUAGCAUAUCUGGGAAUCCCUUAUGCUACUGUCGCGAGAGAGAAUAGGUUUAAGGCACCUGGUCCGGAGGCAAAAUGGGACGGCACCUUCGAAGCGGACAGAGACCACAUCCGCUGUCUCCAGCGUCUGGACAUCAGUACUGACUUCUUUAGCGGCCAGGAGGACUGCCUUACCUUAAACGUCUACACCCCUCUCACCUCCACCCACCUUCUACCCGUCAUGGUCUUCAUCCAUGGCGGGGCCUACAUCGAAGGCUCAGGCUCGCCAGCACUCUAUGGGCCAAGAAAUUUAGUCUCCAAAAGCGUUAUUCUCGUCACCAUAAACUAUAGACUGAAUGUCCAAGGAUUCCUUUGCCUAGGCAUCAAAGAAGCCCCAGGAAAUGCCGGAAUAAAAGACCAAGUAGCAGCGUUGAAAUGGAUUCAGAGAAACAUACGGGCGUUCGGUGGAGAUCCUGAUAAUAUAACAAUAUUUGGUGAAAGCGCUGGAGCAUCAUCAGUGUCGUACCAUUUAUUAUCACCAAUGUCUAAGGGUCUGUUCCACAAGGCCAUAAUGCAAAGUGGCUCGUCGUUAGCUCCAUGGGCAUACCAGCCAUCGCCAGUACAAAUUGCCGCUUCUUUGGCCAAAGUCAUGGGUAAUGAAUCCGAAGAUCCUCAUGACCUUUACAAUUUUUACUCUAAAAAGACUGACAUAGAACUUGUAGCUCCAAGGAUUCCUCGUCAACACGGUAGGAGUAUUUUAUCAGAACUUUUAGCAUCGCCUUGCGUUGAAAAGGAAAUUGAAGGUGUGGAAGCAUUUUUGACGGAGGAACCUUAUGAACUGUUAUCAAGAGGAGAGUUCACAAAGAUGCCUUUAAUGAUAGGCACCACUAGCGAAGAAGGAUAUUUCUUCACUAGCUUCGAGAAUAGUACAACUCUAUCAGGUAUGGAUUUCUCAAAAGCGUUCCCUUGCAACUUGCAAUUUCCUACAGAAGAGAAACAGCUAGAAGUAGCAUGCAGAUUUAAAGAAAUGUACAUGGGCAAUGACACAAUAUCUAAGCAAACUUUAGAAAAGCUGUCAAAGUUUCACGGAGAGCCAUUCUUCGUGUACCCUGUCGUAAAAGAGACUGAACUGAUAUUGAACAACACAGAUCAACCUGUGUUUAGUUUCGUGUUUGACUAUGCAGGUUGGAAGAACGUUCCCAAGGCGUGGGCAGGAUUUGGAACAGCUUCUGGGGCUACUCAUGGAGAUGAGCUCUUCUAUUUAUUUGAGCAGCUCUUGAUACCGAAUAUGUUUGAGUGGAGAAUGAUGGAGAAAAUGUCUACUCUAUGGACAAACUUCGCCAAGUUUGGAAACCCAACCCCAGAAGCAUCGCAGCUGUUGCCAUUAAUAUGGCCGCCGACCAACCUCUCAAUUCCUGAAGCCUUCGUCAUAGACAACGAACCUUCCACUCGCCCGUUGUGGUCGAGUAACUCGCUCAAGUACUGGAAUGAAGUCUACACUAAGUAUAGAUCACAUUGAUUGUGAUAAACAUCACAGUUGAAGAAAUGAGUGGAAUGUAUACCAAUGACAUUGUACGAUUAUUACUGAAUAAAUGAUAUGAUAUGAA